AUGACAAAUCAAUUAAUCUCAAUUUUGCUGUUCUUAUCGUUUCUGUUUCUUUCAAUUCACGCAAAAAAGUAUCACAUAUUCGGCAACGAUGAGUCAGUCGGUAGUCUUACAAGUGAUGAACGUUUACUAGUCGAUGUGGAUAUUUACAAUCGUCCUUACGCUUUACCCUACUUGCUUCGUCAACUCGAACAACUCGUCUGCCCAUGUAGUCAAUGUUACUUGGAUUUUCAUCUCUAUCAUGUUUUUAAUACAACUGUAGAAAAUGAAACGAGCCGACUGUUAAAUGCAUGGGUUUCUGCAAUGCAAACAUCGAGCCAAUCGGUUUUCGCCAGUAUAACCGUCCAGGAAUGGACAGCGAAGUCGAAAACCGAUCAAACCAAUCGUUUACGUGAUGUUAUGAAGCGUGCGAGCGAACUCGAUGUGACUUAUCUUGCCAUGUUUGACUCCAUGAUUGUCUUACUCGAGCCCGGCAAACUUCUUUCCACAUUAAUUUCGAAAGAUAAACCAUUGAUGACACCACUGUUACGUUCUACCAAAGAUAUGUACACCUCGACGUUUUAUUUAAACGAUCGACAAUCAACAGGUUAUGAUAAUUAUAAGCAAAUUUAUGAACGGAAAAAUUUGGGCUGUUUUCUCGUCGAUGGGGGAAUAAAAGAUUUCUAUUUUUUCAAUUUUAAAUACCCACAAAUACGAAAUGUAUUCCUAAAUAAUCAAAGUCUUGAUCAACCCGAACAGCAAUACGCAAUCGAUGUUCUCGCCCGACAAAAUUCAAUUCCAACAUACGUUUGCAAUCGUGAAGUUUACGGAUACAUUCCUGCUCAAUUCCUCGAGGCAAUGUACGACGAAGCUGCUAUUCACGAUCUCUAUAUUCAUAUGUUAAUUGAACAUCAAUUGAAUGGCCCAUCGCAAACGUAUUUACCACCCAUCGAACGAACAUCUCUGAUUGAUAUCCCCUUGUCGACAGCGAAGACCAAAUUUGGUUUAGAUGAGAUCUAUGUUAUCAAUCUUGUUCGUCGAGCUGAUCGUCGAGCACGUUUACAAGCUACAUUCGACAUAUUGAAUAUUUCAGCACGAUUCUUCGAUGCAAUCGAUGGCAAACAUACUGUCGAUCAAACUUAUCUCGAGCGACUAAAUAUUCGUCUGUUACCCAACUAUGAAGAUCCAUAUAAUCGACGACCGAUGAAUUACGGUGAAUUAGGCUGCUUCUUCUCACAUUACUUCAUCUGGGAAGAUAUGGUCAAGAAUGAUUAUAAGAACGGUGCAUUAAUUCUCGAAGAUGACGUUCGUUUCGAUGCAUUCUUUAAAUAUAAACUCGAAAAAAUCCUUUCCAAUCAAUCAUUAGAUUGGGAUAUCAUCUAUCUCGGAAGAAAAAUCAUGCGAUCGGAUGAAGAAGCUUAUGAAAACACCAUCGAAACCUUCCUAAUCGAACCGUCCUAUUCCCAUUGGACAGUUGGUUAUGCACUUUCAUUACGUGGUGCUCGAAUGCUUCUCGACGAAAAACCGUUGCAGAAAAUUCUACCUGUCGACGAAUACCUACCAAUCAUGUACGAUCAUCAUCCGAAUCACAGUUGGAAAAGUCACUUUCAUCAUCGAAAUUUAAAGGCAUAUGCAUUUCAUCCCGCAAUUAUCACCCCUACACAUUACUUUGGCGAACCAAAUUACAUAUCAGAUACGGAGAACACAACCGUUUUGGGAAAAGAAGAGAAAAUCGAUGUUUCACAACGAUCAAAAUUAGUUAGUGUUGAUGUUAUUACAAAGAAUGAAAAAGAUGAAUUAUAA